CAUCCUGCGGCAAUGGGUCCAAGCGUCCAAGUCACUGUAGUAGGUUAUUGCAUUCAGGCACGUUUUUUGCCUCUUUUAUACACUAGAGCAUUUCAGGCAGACCUACUCUUUAUGCCGUUUUCGGUAAAACGAGUUAUGUUUAGCUGAAACAGCAGUUUAUAUGGUCUUAUUCGCUCAUCGGCUGACAUGUCCUAUGAAAGAUGAAGUCGUGCGUCUGUGCAGGGUUUUUUGUUAAUUAAUUAGCGAAGAAUUUGCGGAAGUACCACCGUUACAUUACAGCCAUCGGUCGGUAGGUUAUAUUGCUCAAAUUUGAGGUUUCAAAAGGAUCAGAGACAGGAUGAUCUACAUAAUAAUGGGAGUCUCAGGCUGUGGAAAAAGCACCUUGGGGGCAUUUCUUUCAGAUAAGCUGGGCUGGCCCCUGUAUGAAGGCGAUAACUUUCACCCAGAGGAGAAUAUUGAGAAGAUGGCUCGGGGUGAACGGCUCACAGAUCAGGACAGAUUGCCUUGGCUUCUUAAACUACAUGAAGUCAUUCAGAGAGAAAGGUCUUCAGGCUGCAAUGCUCUCGUGGUGUGCUCUGCCCUGAAACGCCUGUACAGACAGAUCCUGCUCUAUGGUUCCAAAGCCUUAAGUUCUUCUUCCUGUCAAGACCAAGAAAUCCUGCCUCCCACUUUGACUGAUGUCUUCUUUCUCUUCCUACAUGGUGACUACAAUCUCAUUCACCAGAGGAUGGUGGCCCGGAGGGGACACUACAUGAAAGCAGAUCUGCUCUGUUCCCAGUUUGAUGCUUUAGAGCCUCCGUUAGAUGAGGACAAUGUGUUAUCACUGGACACCAGAAAGACCUUCACUGAUAUGGCCAUGGAGGUUGAAAAGCACAUCAAUAGCCUCAAGUCAUCACCCAUGAUGCCGUAAUCAUCAUAUUUUCAAGGGUGUUCAGCUUUUAGUCAUGCUAUUAGCAUGCCUCUAGAGACAGCAGUGUUGUCGACACUGAAAUAUCUCAACUAGUAGGGCUGCCACUUUUUGAGUUUUGAGCAUUCGUUCAAAUGCUGUAAAAGUAAAAAUCAAACUGUAAUGACCUCUUCGAAUCCAACAAUGUACACUGCACUGUCAAUAAGUGCAGUAGAAGACUUGCUGUAAUUUGCCUUGGGGUCCAAGAGAGGACGUUCUUAAAAUUCACCAUCAGCUUGA